CCCAACUCUGUCUUCUUUACUUUGUUUCCUAUCAUCUUCUUCCUCGCAGGAUCCGGUUACCCUUUCUUCUAUGGCUACUUUACUUUCCAACCAGCUCCAGAAUCAGUUGCAUCCUUGCUACCGGAGAUCAAAGAAGACUUCGCAUCGUUGCUGCCGGAGUGGAGAGGUUGGUUCGACCUUCACAGCCGUCGGACAGGGGGGCCUUCAAUGGUUCCGGGGAGAAGUUUGUGUUGGAUGAUGCCGAGAUCUGGUCAGCUACUGGUUCUAUCUUCUCCGGUGAUUGCAAGAGAGAUUUUUUUUAAUAUUAUAUUUUUGUUUUAUUUCAUCCUCAAAAGACGCCCCAAAGACAGAACCGGCAGGUCUGCCGGAGGCCGGACUGAACUUCCGCCGCCCCACCGAUCUCCACUUGUAGAUGCGCCGAAGUCUGGUGCUCCUUCCCCCUUCAGUGUUGUUCUCACCGUCCUCUAUUUAAUUCGUCACCAUCUUCACGACCCCCAAUGCGGAUCCCAUCGUCACAGCAUUGCGGAGCGUGACCAGAUUUCUUGUCCGACUGGCCGGUGAAGAAUUCAAUUGCAACAACCAUGAAGCUUCCUCUAUGUGCAAGCAACAACUAUGAAGCUUCAUCCAUGUGCAAGAAUGACAAAUGGAACUUCCUCAAAGUUUCCUCAUGUUUAAUCCCACCUUCCUCCCACCUUCAUAGUACCUAGUUUUGAUGCUAUAAAUAGAGAGUUUGGAGAGUCUUUCUAUCGUCAAGUAAAUUAGAAUAGAUCAUCAUAGCACAACCAAGAAGAGUUGUGAAUAUCCUUGAGAGAUAUGUGAGGUGUUGUUUUGAGAGUUUUUAAUUAGAGCUUGUAUGUCUCUUCUUUCUAUUCUUGAAAGUAAUAGAAGUGUUUUUCUCUCAUAUUAGCACGAUCCUGUUAUUCCCAACAAGUGGUAUCAGAGUCUGGUUGAGCUUUUG